AUGUACCAGGUUAUCGAAUUGACGAUGGGAACAAUUCGUGACAUGAACCUGAAAUUUCCUCUUCCUCCAGGAAAGGACUACGUCCUGACGGAGUAUCACUUCCAAACUGCCAGCACAUUGACCUGUCGUGGAUUUUAUAAAAAGGAUGAUUCUUAUCGGGAUUACGAAGAAGUUUCUCUUGGAGAGAUCAUGACAAAGACUACUCGAAUCUGCACUGAAGUGUAUAUUCGAACACCAUUCAAAUCAGUCACCACAGCUACAGAAGUUCAAGCUAUGGGCUUGACUGUUGAUAAGCAGUUCAAGUUAUCAGUGGGAAUCGUAAGCUACACACCAAAUCCAGAAAUUGUACCAGGUGUUUGUGUGAAGAUUAGAGGAAUUCUUGAGAAAAAUAAAAUGGGAGGUGUGUUUUUGAAAGUCGAUGACAUGUCAUGUAUCGAAAUUGUGGCUGGUAAGACAAUGAGUGUAUCAGAGAUGAAGAAUAUUGCCAUUUCAGCGACAUCAAAACGUC